AUGUCCGAUGUGUGGACAACCAUCGUGGCCUCUUGGCACGUCCGUGACGCCCCGGUUACGAUCGACUGGACGCUGCCAUCGGCCGUCGCGCCAGGCACCACGAGCCAGCUUGUUGCCUGCGCAGAUGCAGCGUGUACCGAAUCGCAAGUCGUCGUCGGGGAUGUGGUCAUGGACGGGGAAGCGCUGCUUCGCACGUCGUUUCGCACGUCGGGGAUGCUCUAUGGUCCGCUCUCCGCGCAGCUGAUGGUCUCUCUCGACAACGUGGUCUCGUACAACUGCGCAGCAACCGUCGACACCACGCCAAUGAACCUCUCGCGGCAGCUGCGUGGUCCGACGCCGGCGAGCGUCGCUGCCGGUGGCCUUGAAGUCGUCGCGCUUGUGUGUGGUAUCACCGUUAUCGCCGUUCUUGGCAUCUUCUCCAACAUCUUUCGGAAGCGCGCCCCGAGCAACGCAUCGAUCACGCAACCAACGCGGUCGCCAAACGUCAGCAGCCCGACGCUCUUCUGCCACGGCCUCGACGAAGCCGCAUUGCUGCCUCAGGAGGCGACAUCGUCGAGCAGUGUGAGCGAGCUCUGGAAGACCAUGUACCACGGCCAUGUCGUCAUGCUCAAGACGAUCCGGAGCCACCAUUCGCAGCCGACGCAGGAAGACAUUGAGACGUUCACGCGCGAAAUCGCCUUCCUCACCAAGCUGACGUCGCCGUACGUCGUCAACGUACUUGGCGGCCGGUACCUCGCCACGGGCUCGAUCCAAAUUGUCAUGGAGCACAUGCCGCAUGGCGAUCUCAAGACGCACCUCGGCACGACGCCGGCGGGCGGCUCGGCGUGGGAAGCCUACACGGAGCUCGCAUUGGACAUUGCCCAAGGUCUUUGCCUCUUGCACAGUUAUGGGCUUCCGCACGGCGACUUGAAGAGCCGCAACGUUCUCCUUGGGCCCAUCGCCGCCGCCAGCGGCCGGGUCGGAUGCAAGCUCACAGACUUUGGCCUCACACGUACGCUGGAGCUCGACAGUCGCCAAAUGGCGCAAGCAAUUGGACUCUACCGCUGGACGGCGCCCGAGGUCGUCCAGCAAAUUGCGCUGACGCCAGCCAGCGAUAUUUACUCGUUUGGGAUGCUCCUUUUUGAGAUGGACUGUCGCGAAGUGCCGUACUGGAGCCGUCGGUCCCGCCAAGGCCAGAUGCUCACCGACAUGGCGGUUGCAAUCGACGUCGUGCAGCACGGCAUGCGCCCCAACUUCAAGUCGACGUGCCCCGUCUGGGUCGAAGAGCUCUGUCUCCGCUGCGUGGACCCAAAUCCGGCCAAGCGCCCGACGGCCACGCAGCUUCGCGACGCGAUUCUGGAUGCAAUGACGAGCGCGACGGCCGAUGACGUGGCGCCACUCCCGACGUUUGGGCCGUCGCGGUUCUCAGUGCGCGGCAACUUUUCUACCAUGCACCACAGCUCGAUCCUGGACCUCAUGGGCGAGAAGCUCAACCUGCACGACCUCCGCCCGUGGCGCGUGGACGAGAGCCAGCUCCAACCCAUCGAGGAAAUUGCCAAAGGCGCGUUUGGCGAAGUGUGGCGUGGGCUCUACAAGGGCAACCCCGUCGCGAUCAAGACGCUCAUCGCGUUCGAGUCGCACACGCCCGAGGACCUCCAGGUCUUUAUCGACGAGAUGAAGAUCAUGACCACGCUCCGGUCGCGCUACAUUUGCCAGAUGAUUGGCGCGAGCUGGAUGCCGUCGUGCGAGAUCAAGCUCGUCCUCGAGUACAUGAACGGCGGCGACCUCAAAAACUACUUGACGCGGACGGCGGCAACCGCCGAGGUGUCGACGGCGUGGUCGGAGAAGCUCUUGAUCGCACUCGACAUUGUCGAAGGGCUCUGCUACAUCCACGACCUCAACAUCAUCCACCGCGACCUCAAGUCGCGCAACGUGCUCUUGCAGAACGCAGGGCGUCUCUCGGCCAAGCUCACGGACUUUGGCAUCUCGCGCUACAUUGAGAUGGACGGGCGCAGCAUGAGCUGCGGCGUCGGCACGUACCGCUGGAUGGCGCCCGAGAUCAUUUUGGGCAAGCACUACACGGUCGCCGUCGACAUGUACUCGUUCGGCAUGAUCUUGAACGAGAUGGACACGCACCAAGUGCCGUACUACAACGAGCGCACGCCCGAGGGGCAGCUCAUCACGGACAUCGGCAUUGGCGACAAGGUCCGCCGCGGCCUCCUCCGGCCCAAGUUUACCUCGUCGUGCCCGCCGUGGGUCCAAGCACUCGCGCUGCGCUGCGUCGAUAUGAACCCCGACAGUCGUCCGACCGCGCGCCAAGUGCGCAACGAAAUCAAGUGCCAGCUCGACCCAGCGCUCUUUGAAUCGUCGUAGAAAGUUGC